AUGCAAUUCAUAGGUAAUUAUUAAUUAAAUUUGGUUAGAUAAAUCAUAAGACUAUGAUUCAAAUGAUCGAUUAAAUUAAAGGAAAUUAAUUAGUGUUUUAGGGGAAACAAAUAAAGAGGCAAGAGAUUAUUUAUAUUUUGUGAAAUAAAGAGAAGAAGAAGAACAAUAAUAAAUGGCUAAAACUGAAGUUUUUUAAAUAUUCAUCAAAACAAUGAUGGAAGUAUCAAAUCCGACCUCUACUUUUAGAAUAAUAUGGGAAUCAAUUAGCAUGUUAUUUAUUUUUGUAUAAAUGAUAUAUAUACCAAUGGCAUUAUCAUUUUCAAUUGACAGUUAAAUAGGUAUGGAAAUUGUGAAUAAUAUAAUGGAUGUCUUUUUUGUUAUAGAUAUAAUUCUUAAUUUUCGAUUAGCAUAUUAUGAAAAGUAAUAAAAAAUCUUAUAUUAUAAGUGGAAAAUUAGAGUGUCGUAUAAAACAUAUAGCAUUAAAUUAUUUAAAAUUAUGGUUUUGGAUAGAUGUGAUAGCAGUUCUUCCUUUUGAUCUAUUGAUAGGUAGUGAUAGUAAUUAAUCUACACAGAUAUUAAAAUUUGUUAGAUUGUUUAAAUUUGUUAAAAUUGUACGUCUUUUAAGAGUAUUAAAAUUAGGAAGAAUUUUAAUAAAAAUAGAAGGUAGAUAAAUAAUAAUAAUAGAUUAUAGAGACAUUUUCUAUUGAAUAAACACUUUAAGCAAUUAUUUAAUUCUUCAAAAUAGCUGCGAUGAUACUUUGUAUAGCACAUUGGAUAGCUUGUAUUUGGAAUAUUAUAGAAUUUGUGGAUGAAUAAGUAGAACUAACAUGGAUGACACAAUACGGAAUUUAUGGGGCACCUUGGGAAGUCAAAUAUAUAACUGCAUUCUAUUUUAGCAUAACUACAAUGAUAACAUUAGGAUAUGGAGAUAUAAGUCCAAAUACAAAUUUAGAAAUGAUUUUUGGAAUUAUUGUAAUGGUACUUUCCUCAGGAGUUUUUGGUUAUAGUAUGUCAAGUUUGAAAUUUAUUAUUCAAGGAGAAGAUUAGAAUAUUGUAGAAAUAAAGGAAUAAAAUUAAAAAAUCAUUAAGUAAAUACUUCAAUAAUUUAGUCAGAUAUAUUAAAUAGAAAAGUAUACCAAAAAAUUUAUAAAUGAGAGUUAAAAACUAUUUAGAAUGGUUAGAAGGAUCUGCUUAAGUAGCUAAAAAUUCUUAAAUGAUAAUAUUAAAUAAUUUAUCAUUAAAUCUACAUACUGAAAUAUUAACUUUAUUACAUGGUAGAAUUUUAUAAUAAGUAAAUUUAAUCAGCAAAGAAUUCUCUUAUUAAUUGACAAACAAAUUAAUUUAUGUAUUGAAAGAACAUCUCUUAGGUCCAGAAGAGUAUGUCUUUAAAGAAAAUUAAGUGGACAGUAAUUUAUUAUAUUUCAUCUAAAAUGGUCAAGUAUAGAUUUGUCUUACUAGAAGAGAGUUUUAAUUAAAAUUAUUGGGAAAAGGAGAUUAUUUUGGGGAAAUUAGUUUUUUCAGUAAAAGUCCAAGAACAGCAAGUGCUAAAACACUUGAUUUUGUUAAUUUAAUGAGUUUAAAUAGAAAAGAUUUGUUGGAAUAAGCACAUGAUUUAGAUUCUGAUUUAGAAAAGCUAUUCUAUAUUAAAAAUUGUGUAGAUGUUGAAAAUUCAUUAAAGCCAUUAAGAUUAAGAUGUUACAUAUGUGAUAGACCACAUCAUAUAGCAAGAAAUUGUACAAUAAUGCAUUACAGGGUUAGAAGAUUGAAAGUUAUAGAAGAUUAUUUGAAAUAAAAAAACAAUAGAGUUAAAGAAUUUAAGAGAAGACCUAAAAGAUGUUUGAUGUCUUCAUCUUAAAUUAUUUAUUCUAAAUCUGAUGCUUUAUUUAGAUAUAGAUUUUAAUAAUAAAAAUAAAUAGUAAAAACUACAAAACAUAUCGAAAUUCUAGAUGAAUCAGUUAUUGAUUCUUCAAAAUUAUCUACUUAAAUUGAUCAUAAUAAUUUUUGUCUUGAUAAACAUAGGGAUUAUUCAGAAUUCUAUAGUGAAUUCAACCCAUCAAAUAUAAUUUCAUAAAUAAAUAAAUAAUCUGAAUAAAGAUUAUUAGAAAUGAGAGAAGAAAAAGAAGAAAUAGCCAAUCGAUUUAGAUAAAUUUGGCUGAAUAGUAGAAAAUAAAAACUAUUAUAGAUUGCUCCACCAAGAUAAUCAAAAUUAUCAUAUGAUAUUCAGAAGAUUUUUUCAUCUGAUGUAUAACAUAUUAUUUUUUCUGAGGAUUCUUAUAGUUCUUAAUCAUCUUUUAAUUUAUUAAAGUAAAAAAGUGUAAGAGGAAAACGACUUUUAGAUAUACAAACGCAAAAAUAAUUAUUGUAUGUAUUUUGAAAUCUAUUUAAACUUAGAAUUAAAAGAUCAACAUCGCGUUCCUAGUUAGAAAAAUUUCUAUAAAAAAAAUAAACCUCAAUGGACUUUACUCCAAAAAAAAUUUAAAGGUAGGUAUCAACAAAUGUAAAAAGUAACCAUACUACUCCUUUAGAAAUUAAAUAAUUUUAGAAUACUAACCUUAAACUCUUAAUAAUUAAUAAAUAUUUAGUCUUCAAAUGA